AUGGACGCCUACGAGGCCACCAAGGUGGUCUUCUCCCGGAUCCAGGCGCUGGACCCGGACCACGCCGCCAAGAUCAUGGGCUUCCUGCUCGUCCAGGACCACGGCGAGAAGGAGAUGAUACGCCUCGCCUUCGGCCCCGAGCUGCUGCUGCAGAGCGUCAUGGCCAAGGCGCGCAGGGAGCUCGGCCUGCUCCCGGCGUCCGCCGGCCCCCCCAGCUCGCCGCUCCAGCUCUCGCGGCAGAACUCCGGCCGCGGCGGCGCGCCGUCCCCUCUCUCGGUCUCCUCGCCGUCGGCGUGGGCCCAGGCGCCGGCCUUCUCGAGGGGCAAUGGCUUCGCGGAGGACAUGGCGGGGGCUGGCGAGGAGAUGUUGAUGAGCCCGGUGAACGGCGGCGGGGCGCCGUUCUUCUCUCGUGCCGGGAACACACCCGUGGACGACUUCCAGCAGCAGGAGGAGCUCCCGUUCCAGAACGACGCGGGUAUGAACCCGUUCCGGACCUUCGACGGCGGGGAGUGCCGGAGCCCCGGCCCAGGCGACGGCAUGUUCCCCUACGGCCUCGGCUGGGCAAACAGCGGUGUCCCCGGGCACCGCCGCAGCGCGUCGGCGAACGAGGCCUGCCUCGCCGGCGACGGCUUCGGCUGGAAGCCGUGCCUGUACUACGCGCGCGGGUUCUGCAAGAACGGCAGCGGCUGCAGGUUCGUCCACGCCGGUGGCCUCCCCGACGACGACGCCGUGCUCGCAGCCGCCGAGCAGCAGCAGCAGCAGUGCCAGGACUUCCUUCUCCGUUCCAGGAGCCAGCGCCUCGGCCACGCCGCUGCUUUCCCCUACUCCCCCACGGGCUCCCUCCCCGGCUCCCCGUCCGCCGCCAGCAAGUGCCUCAGCUUCUUGUUGCAGCAACAGCACAACGACAACCAAAGAGCGGCCGCCGCUCUGAUGCUGGGCGGCGGCGACGAGACGCACAAGUUCAUGGGCCGGCCGCGCCUGGACCGCGCCGAUUUCGCCACCUUGAUGAACCCGGGAUCGCGCCAGAUUUACCUCACCUUCCCGGCCGACAGCACCUUCCGCGAGGAGGACGUCUCCGGCUACUUCAGCAUGUACGGCCCGGUCCACGACGUGCGCAUCCCCUACCAGCAGAAGCGCAUGUUCGGCUUCGUCACCUUCAUGCACCCGGAGACGGUGCGCCUCAUCCUGGCCAAGGGCAACCCGCACUUCAUCUGCGACGCCCGCGUGCUCGUCAAGCCCUACAAGGAGAAGGGCAAGAUCCCCGACAAGUACAGGAAGCAAGGUGACUUCUCCGGCUGCACAACACCAACCGGGCUAGACGGCAGGGACCCAUUCGAUCUGCAUCAAUUAGGUGGGAGGAUGCUGCAGCACUCCAACAGCGCGAACGAGCUGAUGAUGCGGCGGAAGCUUGAAGACGAGCAGCAAGCUGCCGAGUUCCAGCACGCCGUUGAGCUCCAAAGCCGCCGUCUCAUGAGUCUCCAGCUGCUCGACCUGAAAUCUCGCGUGGCAGCGGCAGCCGCAGCCUCAACAGCAAUGGCGCCGACAACCACCGUUGCCAAUGCCUCCACCACCACCAGCCAGCCCGGAGCAAGCACCGCGGUUCAGUCGCAGCCUGAUUCUGCAGAUCAGCAACUGAAUGGGAGCAAUUUCUGUGCCAACGAAGGAGGCAACAAGGAGGAAUCGACGGACGAUGCAAACCGCAACACAGAUAGUGACCAAAGCGGGGAUCACGACUUGCCGGAAAGCCCAUUCGCAUCCUCAACCAAGUCGGCCACACUCACUCAAGACGGCGACGUCGCCAGUGAUGGCUGCAGUUCAUCCCAUAACGGCGUCUGCACCGGCGCCAAUGCAGGUGGUGGCACUAACCAUAUACUGCCCUCAGCAUUGGAUAUUCCUUCUCCGAGGCCCUACUUCUUCCCCAUGUCCAGGCUGUCCUCCGAUCACGGAGCAAUCGGGAUGUGAAACUGUCCUUCAAUGGAAAGUGAACAAUACCCAAACCUAAUCAUAGAGAAAAAAAAGAGUGAAGUGUCAGUGUAGUGUUAGCUUCCCUUUUUAGUGGAUAGCCCUAUGAAACCAAACCACAAGAGAAAAAUAUGCCAUUAGCCUUUUGACCAAGAAAAGCAGUAUCAGCAGCAUAAUCAGUGUUGUGAGACACAUAUAUAAUAUACAAUUAAUCCAGUGUUACCUCUAAUUAUAUUAGAUAGUAUUAGCAGUUACCACUACCACCAACACAAUUGAUGGUACAUGUGAGGUUAAUCCAGAAGGGCUAGUACCAGCCAGAAGGUCACAUGUAGCAUUAGUACAAGCCGCAAGCCUGCAACGAGGAUCAUGUCUUGUAUCCAAGGGCAGCCCGGGAGACUUGGAGAAACAUCGCAUGGCCAUGGCAGAUGAUUUCUGGAGUAUUUUACCAGUGCAAUAUGGCCUGCUCAAACUGGCCAUUGUUGCUCUACCUUGAGACCAGUGAGAUCGCAUACAUAUCAGACUCGUUAACCUUGUUGCCCACCGUAGCAGUAGCUGGUUGACAAGUAAAAGGACACCUCUUACUACUAGUUAUCCUUUUAUUUUGAUUUUGUUUGAUGAAUCUAUUAUAAUAGUCACGGUUCUGCAGAAAAUUAUCCUAGUGAUUUACCACUGUUACUCUGCAUUCAUGAAUUGAGCUGUGGAGGUUGUUGAGCGUAGCGACA